CUUCUGAUUUAGCACUUCUGAUUUAGCACAAUUAGGGUUUUGGCUGUGGCAGGAAUAUAAACGCGCCUCCACUCUUUUCUUCACAGUCGCAGACUCGCAGCUUCGCCAUCUUCUUCGCAGUUCUCGCUCCCGUCAGCGGUGCUUUAACCUUUUAAGUUUUGCUAGUUCCAAAUCACGUUGCUAAGAUGCAGAAUGAUGAGGGACAAAAUAUGGAUCUCUACAUCCCGAGGAAGUGCUCCGCCACAAAUAGGCUGAUCACUUCUAAGGAUCAUGCAUCUGUCCAGAUCAAUGUUGGUCAUUUGAAUGAGAAUGGUGUAUAUGAUGGAAAGUACACCACUUUUGCCUUGUGUGGAUUUGUUCGUGCACAGGGAGAUGCAGACAGUGGUCUUGAUAGGCUCUGGCAGAAAAAGAAAGUUGAAGCCCGCCAACAGUGAUGUCUUCUGGUGGCUGCGUGUUGCACAUUGUGAUGUGCAUUUGGUCUGGUUUUACAAUGAUGUACACUCUAAAAUCAUACCCUUGAUUUUGAAGUAUGAGUUUUGCACAAAUAUUUGUUGUCUUUGUGUUAGAGUCUACUCUACUUGAAACUAUUAUGCAAACUUUGAAUCCUUAAAAUUAUGAAAACCAUGAUCUGCUCUGUCUGUUUUCAAGUCCUACGGUGGGUCUGUUCAUCACUAUUCAUGUGGUAAACAUACAUUUCCAGCUUGCUUAUGGCAUAUACCUAUGUUUUCUUUGA